AUGAACCGCGGUGAUUACAAUAACAUUCCAAACAGAAUCAUCGCUCCCCAUAUUUCACUCUAGUGAGUUUUUUAUUGAUUACAAAAAGUUACCCUUUGAUUUUCAGCGGCAGUAAUUCGCCAACGUACUCCGAUGACGUACUGCGUCAAAUGGGAAUAGGCCCGCCAGCUCGCCAACCCUUGCUCGGUAACGCUCCGAGUUCUCGAUUCUCGUCUUACAGUCGUCAGCCCGAUUCCUACACAAGUUCCACUUACAACGGUCCGGUUGUCGGACCGAAUUCUGGCUCGAGAAGACGUGGAUUCGACAAAGGACCGUUCGGCGAGGAUUUGGUGAGACCAGAUGGGAGAACGCCUCUUUUGAGAACGGUAAGAAGAUAGAGGAACGGAGAAGAAAACAAUAGUUACGUUUACUUUAGCCAAAGCUGGCAGUUGAACGCAUCGGAGGCGACAUGGAUAUUUCGCGGAGCAGGUCGCAAAGCCCAGAAACGCGGAUUGUUAACGGUAAAUAAAAAAAAGUUUUAUUUCCAUGAAAAUCGAUUUCGUUUGUUUUUCAGCUCGUACCGUUCGAGACGAUCGCAGGAAAGACAAGUAUCGAUCGAGAAGAUCUCGUUCCUGCUCCCGUUCCCGGUCUAGAUCUAGAGACAGAAUCAGAGAGCGUGGAAAGCCGAGAAACAGGGAGAGAGAGAAAGAUACGUACCUUCCCGUUUCCCAAGAACCAGUUCGAGACGGUUUGGUUUGGACGAACGACAACUACUACGAGUUCCUCACUCAGUUCGUCAGUCUGCUCAAUUCUCAGACCUCGAACUUGGCCGACAGAUUGGUGCACGGACAGAGAAGACUUCAGGAGAAUGUCACAUGUACGUUUGAUGGGGGAAAGUGAGCAGAAACAAAAGAGAGAUUCCAGGCGCCACCGAGGCCGAGAAGGCGAAAAUUGUGCUUCCGCCGGACUUUGACAACUCGGACAGAGAACGAAUGCUGCACUGCGACACGACGAUCGACGGCCUUCCAGCGGCGAUUUUCUACGGAAGUGGAUACGGAACUCGAUCGCAUUAUGCAAAGUAUUCGGCUGCGAAGGAUCUAAUCGACAAGUGCCACCGCAUCGGAGUGAUAAACAGUGAACUGCACGCGGCGGUCGGAGAGAGGCAGAAACUGGACAGAUCCUUCCAGAGAGAGUUCGAUCUGCAGAUAACGAAGGCGGUGAAUGCAGUCGUCCUUCUCAUCAAAAAAAUGUCACAUGGUUAGAAAAAAGGGAAUUUUGUAGAAACCCGGGACUUUUCAGAAGUCUUGCCGAUGGGAUUUCUGACGCUCCGCCAGCUCGAUCCAGAGAUUAUUGACAAAUUCAAGAUGAUGCUGCGAAUGGUACGCCCUUGUCUAACCCUAUUCUGAGUUCUUAGUUGUCCAUUUUUAGGUCAUGAUCGAUGUGUAUUAUCAAGGAAUAGAGACUCCAGGAUUAGUCGUUCCGAAAGCACUUGAGGUAAGAGUAUUCUAGCUUUGAGAUGGACAAAUGGAAUAUCAACCAAUGGUUUUAAAGGAAAGUUAGCUACGGAGACCUCAUCUUGUUUUAGACGUUAUCGCCGGUUCGCUCUCGUUCUAGAGACUCUUAUGGCGACGUGGACAGCAGAAGACACGGAGAAGAGAGGUACAGAACGAAAAAGGGUUCGGAGUACAGCGAAAUGAAGAAACCGAAAGCGGAAGAGUUGAUCGCUUUGAAGGAGAAAGAGAUGAAAGAGCAGAUGGAAUUGGAGUUGGCGAAAAAAAGGCUCGAGAUGGAGCAACAGAUCAGACAGCAGAUUCUCGAAGAAGAAAGGGCCAAAAUUCGAGCGGAACUUGAGAUGGAGAAAAAGAUCGAGAUGAUGGUGAAGCAACAGCAACAGUAUCAGAACGAGAAAGAGAGAAAGGAGUUGGAAGAGCAACAGAAGACGGCGCAAAUGCUGAAGCAAGUGGAGGACGAUUUCAACUCGAUGGUCGAGAAUCUGGAGAAAUGCUUUGCAGAAGUGCGUUUGAAGAAGAUGGACCACAUUCUCGAGAUGAUCUACAAUUCGGCUACUUUCAAAACGAUACAGCUCUACUCGACCACACUCACAUCGAUAUCUUUUGAACAGAAACAACAGCUUGUCGUCGACCUCAAGGAUCUCGUGGAUACCAUCCACAGAAACAUGAAUCAAUCGCUCGCACACAAUAGCGCAGGACAUCAAAUUCCUGGAGUUGUAGGUCAAUUGAAUCCACCGAUGAUGCAAAUGAAUUCACAAAUUGGUCAACUGAAUACUGCUCUCGGUCAAAUAAAUCCGCCGGUGAGCCAGAUUAUUCCACCAAUGAUACAGAUGAAUGCGCCCGUCAGUUUUCCGAGUACCAACAUUCCUACUCCGUCCGCAUCCGCAGCACCGACUGGAAAUAAUCAGGUUUGUACCAAGAAUUCUACUGGAUGUGGUCGCUGGAAGAACGGACUUCGCGACGAGACCAGGGACGUUUUCAAAACAUGAUUUCCUUAACUGUUCUUAUUUCUCAUUAUAUUAUUUUCAAAAACCAACUUUCCCUGGUUUCGUCGAGGAAAUCAAGGUUCUCUGUCUGGUUUUUUUCAUUUUGAACCAAAAAUGCCGCCUCCCAGCGGCCACUUUCCCGUUUUUUUUAUUUCCGUUUUUUCGCAUGUCAUUUUUUUAUAUCAUUCCAGUCGCACACCCAAUCACAGAUCCGUAGUCUGACUGUCGGAAAUAUGCGUCUGCGCGUGCUCACUUCUACGGAACAACGCCGUCUGGCUCCCGGAAGCAAGGUGAUCGCACAGGAUAUGAAGACCGGAAACUGGAAUGUGGCGUCAGUUGCCAAAGUUCGAGAUGACAAAGUGACGCUGGCGGUGGGAAACACGACGUGGAAGAAGUACGCGGACGAACUAUACACAGAAGACAGCAACAUGUAUUGA